GCUUUCUUUGUGUGGCUGAAGCGCUAGAAAUGGCAUAUUUUCAUCCCUUUCGUUAAGAAAUCAGACUCUCUUUCCCCUCUCUCCCGGUGGGAACAGAGUCAGGGAGUGGGUAGGAGCGGGAUCUGCCGAUGAGUGCAGAGGCGGAAAAUCCUCGGGCGAGCAGCUGACGAGGGCCGGGUCCGGGAGGGAUGCUGGGAGCUUGACUCACUCGCACACCAUGUGUCCCUCCGCGCGCAGCACGGGGGACUUUUCGGUGGGGAUUUUGGGCGCCGACCAGACGCGGCAUUUUCGGAAAAUAGCGCCCUGUGCUGCUGAAGCGCUUUGUGUGUAGCGGGGCCGCGUCAGCCCGGCCGGGUACGAGGCGCCUCGGGUCCCCGCACCACCUCCUGCUGCCUUCCCGUCGCCGCUCCCGAAGCUUUUCCAGAUGUCCCUGGUAGAUUUGGGAAAGAAGCUUUUAGAAGCGGCACGAGCAGGUCAAGAUGAUGAAGUUCGUAUUUUGAUGGCAAAUGGAGCUCCUUUUACUACAGACUGGUUGGGAACUUCUCCACUUCAUCUAGCAGCACAGUAUGGUCAUUAUUCCACCACAGAGGUACUGCUCCGAGCUGGUGUAAGCAGAGAUGCCAGAACCAAAGUGGACCGAACACCAUUACAUAUGGCAGCUUCUGAGGGCCAUGCCAGCAUAGUAGAGGUUUUACUUAAGCAUGGUGCUGAUGUCAAUGCAAAGGACAUGUUAAAGAUGACAGCUCUCCAUUGGGCCACGGAACACAAUCAUCAAGAGGUGGUGGAACUUUUAAUCAAAUAUGGUGCUGAUGUACACACGCAAAGUAAAUUUUGUAAAACUGCAUUUGAUAUUUCAAUAGACAAUGGAAAUGAAGAUUUAGCAGAGAUAUUACAGAUUGCUAUGCAGAACCAAAUCAACACAAACCCAGAGAGUCCUGACACUGUGACAAUACAUGCUGCAACACCACAGUUUAUCAUUGGACCUGGAGGGGUGGUGAACCUAACAGGUCUGGUAUCUUCAGAAAAUUCAUCCAAGGCAACAGAUGAAACGGGUGUAUCUGCUGUUCAGUUUGGAAACUCUUCUACAUCAGUAUUAGCUACAUUAGCUGCCUUAGCUGAAGCAUCUGCUCCAUUGUCCAAUUCUUCAGAAACUCCAGUAGUGGCCACGGAGGAAGUAGUUACUGCAGAAUCUGUGGAUGGUGCCAUUCAGCAAGUAGUUAGUUCAGGGGGUCAGCAAGUCAUCACAAUAGUUACAGAUGGAAUUCAGCUUGGAAAUUUGCACUCUAUUCCAACCAGUGGAAUUGGUCAACCCAUCAUUGUGACCAUGCCAGAUGGACAACAAGUAUUAACAGUACCAGCAACAGACAUUGCUGAAGAAACUGUUAUAAGUGAAGAACCACCAGCUAAGAGACAAUGUAUCGAAAUAAUUGAAAACCGGGUGGAAUCUGCAGAAAUAGAAGAGAGAGAAGCUCUUCAGAAACAGCUGGAUGAAGCAAAUCGAGAAGCACAAAAAUAUCGACAGCAGCUCCUAAAGAAAGAACAGGAAGCAGAGGCCUACAGACAGAAGUUGGAAGCUAUGACUCGUCUUCAGACUAAUAAAGAAGCUGUUUAAUUGAAACGAACAUGUAGUUUGAUUUUACUUUUGGUCAAGAAAGAAUACAGUCUUGAACUGUACACAACAAAGGUACAGCCAUGGGAAUACAGAAUGAUAGAAGAGACUACAGAUUGAUAAUUGGACUUAAGCCAUGAGCUCUGAAUUCUUGUAACAUAAAACUUUACUUUAGAAGUUGUGAAAUGUAUUUAAAACUGAAUUCUGUAAAUAGUUUUUGUUUUUUUUUUUUACAGUUCCAAAUGAGUUGAUAAAGAUUGUUGAAGAGAUCCAAAACCACAAUAAGCCACUGUUUUUGUGAAUUCUUUUUGAUUUUAGUACAAACCUUAAUUUCUCAGAAACAGAACAGUUUUAAGGGUGAUCGUUGCUGGUUAGAGCAAAUGUUGUGUAAUAAUUAUGGUGGACUGAUGCUGGAAUUACUCCUAUAGGUAUAAACCUCUAUACAGAGAGAAGAUUUCUCCCAGGAAAUCUUUGUACAGCUUUAAGUUGUGUCAGAUUCUCUGAAAACAUUUUUUAGAAAGCAAAAUUUUUAUAUUUGUUCAAUUUCAGCUAUACCCAAGUAGAUUUACAUGUAUAUGAAGCAAAUAUUUUUUAAAAUUUCUGUUUGUACAUAUUCUGCAUGUUUUAUAAUUUCAAAAUGCAUCACUUACAUAGGUAUUUCUCCCACAGAAAUGAUGAAAGUGACCAGGAAAAAAAAAAGCAAAACCCCUUUACUCUAUAGGUCAUUGAAACUAAGUAAGCUAGCAGCUGGUUUUAUUGGAAUGACAAUGUUCUCGGAAGGAGCAGCCUACAAGAUAACUUGAAUUUGCCAAUUCUGCAAAAUCUGUGCUUUUUCGAAAAUUUAAUAGUGGGGACGUGAAACUGUAUUCUGUGCCUUCCAUCAUGAUUUCCACAUGAAAGCACUUUAAGGCACUGGAUUUUAAGAUAAUGUUUUUGGAAAACUCAAUGUAUAUGGGUUUCUGAAAUAUUUUAUGGACUUAUUUCUCCCCAGGAAAUUAUUCUUAUGGAAAAAAAUUGCUUUUGUAUGUAGAACAGGAACUUUUUGUACUACAGUGAUGCAAUAGACAUGUCUAAUGUAACUUCUACUCUUCCCUUUGAAAGCUCAGUGUCUGUGCUGUGACUUGCCCUCAUCACAGUAUUGUUGAAUUCCACAAUGUAUGGACAUUAAACACUGGCAGACUGUUCACUUUUUCUUUUUUUUUUUUUUGGUAAAACAUUACUUCAAACCCCUUUUUCUUGCUUUAUUUUUCAAUGUUUUAUUGCUUUAUGAACUGUUUAACCCUAACAUCCCUCUAGGUUAUCUAUACUGUAUAAAAAAGCAAUUACCCUUAAAACUGUACUCUGGCCUACUUUUCUAUUUUGCAAUUAAAUAUCUUUUUCACAUAUGUUCAUUGUAGACUUAUGUUUUUAUCACAUCUUAUUAACACAUUAAAAAUGUUAUCCUACUGCA